CUCCCUGCCCGAAGCAUGACCAUCUCCUGCGGCCCCGGCGGCCGGACGCCCCGUCCGGAGGUGACCUUCGACCCGGCCCUGGGCGAAGGCUUCCGCAUCACCUCUUUCGGCCAGCCGGUGUCGCCGGAGCUGAUGGCCAUGGAUGCCGAGGCAAAGCAGCGGGCGUCGUCAUCGUCGGCGGUGGCCGGCGGUGGCAGCGGCCUUGACGGCAUCACGGCCCAGUUUUCCGGCAUCUACCAAUCUCGGCUGGAGGGGCUGAAGCCGCGGGCGUUGGCCGCCGCUCGGGCCGCCUGGCCCGACAUCCCGGCCAGCCAGCAUGUCGACAAGGUCCUGGAUAUGCCGCUGCUCGGCGACAACUCCCUGGAGUCGAGCCAGCACAUGGUGGGCAAGAUCCCCUGGCUCGGCCUGACCGCGACCGACCGCCCAUCGGCACAGCGCUCCGUCGUGUGCGGUGUCAUCUAUGCCGAACUGCCCGGCAAGCCGAAUGUCAUUGAUGAGCUGUCGCGCUUGCAAAAUAUCCGCCCCGUGGAUCCGGCCACUCGUCCGGCCAGCUUCGGGACCCCCACCAAGGGGGCUACCCCGCGGCCGGCUUUCUUCGCGCUGGAGGACGAGUCUGGACGGCUGAUCCUGUCUGGCCCGCGGAUCUUCCAAGAGAUGCUGGUUACCGGCGUUGUCUGCGCCAUCCUCGGCGUGCAGCUUAUCCCCGGGGAGCUGUUUGUGCGGGACAUCUGCUUCCCGCUGCCGGCGCCACAGCGUCCCCUGCCGUCGGCCUCGAAUACGGGCAACAGCCUGCUGGCACUCACCUCCAAUUGGAGCCUCGGGGCCGGGACCGCCGGCACGCCGGCGGCCCUGCUGGACAUGCUGGUGGAUUGGGUGGCCGGUCGCGUGGAGGCAGUGGUCUCCGACGAGGAGGCCGGGGAUCAGCUGGGCGGGCUGGGGUCAAUGAUCCCCUCGGCAUCGAAGAGGCCCAUGGAGCCUGGGGUCCCCUCGCCGGUGAACAUCACCCGGCUGAUUGUUGCGGGCAACCUCUUCUCCAAGCAGGCCGACUACUAUGACAACCAGGAUGUCGGCCGCGUGAACCAGCGCCGGAGGGAGGAGCUUCGCCGGCAGGAGGAGCACACCGCCGCUCAGAUGGCCCAGGCCGACCUGGCCAUCGCGCAGCUGGCCCAGUGUGUGCAUGUGGAUGUGAUGCCCGGCGAUGGGGACCCGACACCGAUGCAGCAUCCGCAGCAGCCCCUCCCCGGGUUUGUGUUCCCCCGGUCUCGCCGCCUGCCCCUGUUCAGCACCACCACCAACCCCUAUGCCUUCUCUGUGGAUGGGGUUGAUCUGGUCGGCAUUUCGGGCCAGGCGCUGGACGACAUCAUCCGGUAUAUGUACCCGCUGGCGGCCGAGGUGCUGCGGCAGGUUGGGAUCCCGGUGGCUGAUGAUCGGCCCGACAGCGGUGAUCUUGUGCCUGGCAGCCCGGCCGACAUGGCUGCUCGUUUCCAUGCGGCGGAGCUCCUCCUCCGGGCGUGUCACUGGUCUCCGACCGCACCUGACACCCUGCCCUGCUUCCCCUUCUGGCAUGGCGAUCGCCUGCUGGCCAGCGACACGCGCCUGCCUCACGUCCUUUUCAUUGGCAACCAGCCGGCUUUUGCCUCGCGCGUGGUGACCCUCAACCAGAAGCUGCCCGACCGGCCGGCGGUCACCGUGCGCGUCGUCAUGGUCCCCGGCCUGGCCACCACAGGGCAGAUUGCGCUCCUGAAUCUGCCAACGCUGGAGGUGGACAGCAUGCACUUUUCCACCGCCAGCAGCAGCAGCAACAGCAUCCAGCCGUGAGUCAAGUCAACUCUGCCCCUCCCCCCUUGUUUGAGAGCCCCUCGUGCGGUCGGUGGCCCCACUGCCAGCCCCCCUCGCUCGGAUGACGCUUCGCUUGUUUGGGAAUAAAUACCGCCAUACUCCUCCCCUUUCCCCGGAGGAGAACGAGGCACAGGGGAACGGGCGGAAAAAAAGCAAAAAAAAAAG